AUGUUAAUUGAGAAUAUGUUAUUCUGUAAAUAAAUAGCACAUGAUAAAAAGCCAUUGAUUGCAGUUUGUUUAAAUUAGGAUUGUAAAGAGUCUUGUGGUUUGUGUAUUAGUUGUUUUUUGAAUCACAAAAAUCAUAAUGAUGAUUUAUAGACUAUUGAAAUAGUAAGAAAGAAACUUGAUGAUCAUAUUUAAAAGAUGAAAUAAAAUUUUUAAUUUUGUGAUGAUCUAAUCCAAUUAAUAAAUUUAGUAAAAAUAUAAAUAAAUCGGACAAUAUAAAAUAUUUAGAUCGUUUAAAAAUUUUCAAAUCAUGCAGAUAUCGAUAAGGUGAAAGAAUUGUUAAUAAAAUCUUAAGCAAAUAAAUAAGAUACUUCUAUUUUUAAAAAGAUAGAUAUAGAACUAAAAAAAGUAAAGGAAAUUUUAUGUGAAUUAAAAUUUUCAAUUGAAUAUUCACAGUCUAAUCUUAAUGAUGGAUAGUAAUAAGAAUUUUAAGAAUGUUUAAAAUA